UGGCCUGGCAGCCGCAGUUUGGUAUUUUGGUGUCAUUUGUCAUGAUACGAAUGAAGUUUUAUUUAUUUUUGCAGUUUAUUGGAAAGUUGAUUUUAUUUAUUGAAAGUAUUCAAAUUGAACAUCACUUUUGUAUUGCAUUACACAACUACGAGUGCAUAGGUUAUGUUAUGGCUGUAAGAGAUCACUUAGACUGCUGUGCAUAAAAUACUCUUACGGAGUUUGAAAUCCUCUUUGAACAUUUUGUAACUGUAUUGCACAAGUAACUUUCAAGAAUGUCCUUCUUACGGGGCUCCGAGAACUAUGUGUGGUGCACGACUAGCGUGCUCGGAAAGGGCGCUACAGGCGCCGUGUUCCAGGGCGUCAACAAAAACAACGGGGAACCCGUGGCGGUGAAGACGUUCAACCAGCUGAGUCACAUGCGGCCGCACGAUGUGCAGAUGAGGGAGUUUGAGGUGCUCAAGAAGGUGAAACACGAGAACAUCGUGAAACUUCUUGCGAUCGAGGAGGAACAGGAAGGCCGCGGUAAAGUGAUCGUGAUGGAGCUGUGCACCGGAGGCAGCUUGUUCAACAUACUCGAUGACCCUGAGAAUACCUAUGGUCUUCAAGAACACGAGUUUCUAUUAGUUUUGGAGCACUUAACAGCUGGCAUGAAACAUUUACGGGAUAAUAACUUAGUGCACAGAGAUUUAAAACCAGGAAAUAUCAUGAAGUAUAUUAAUGAGGAUGGAACUACUACAUAUAAGCUCACAGACUUCGGAGCAGCCAGAGAGCUGCAAGAGGAGGAACAGUUUGUGUCUUUGUACGGUACUGAGGAGUACCUACACCCUGACAUGUAUGAAAGAGCAGUGUUGCGGAAACCAGUGGGAAAGAGUUUUGGUGCUACAGUGGACCUGUGGUCUAUCGGCGUCACAUUGUACCAUGUGGCCACAGGCCAGCUGCCAUUUCGACCAUAUGGAGGUAGAAGAAAUAAAGAAACUAUGUUUUAUAUUACUACAAAGAAGGCAUCUGGAGUCAUUGCAGGAACCCAAACAACUGAGAAUGGGCCAAUAGAUUGGGCACGUGACCUGCCACCACACUGCCAACUGAGUGUAGGCUUACGGAAGCUCGUGACUCCUCUUCUCGCUGGCCUACUGGAAGUGGAUCCUCACAGGAUAUGGACUUUCGAACGGUUUUUCUCUGAAGUUCAAAUAACGACAUCCACAACCCCUGUACAUGUGUUCCAUGUUAAUAAAGCAGCUAGCAUUAAAGUGUUCCUGAAGCCGGAAGAGAAGUACGAGCACCUACAGACGUACAUCUGCGAGCAGACGAGCGUGGUGGCGGAGUCGCAGAUCCUGCUGCACCAGGACAAGCUGCUGCUGUCCGUCGUGGACGACAGUACGCUGGGAAAGGACUACCCGGAGACGACGGCGGAGGAGCCGCUUAUGCUUUUCAACAAGAACAACAACAACGUGAGCAUGGCGCCGGAGCCCGACAUACCCAAGUUCCCCGUGUUCCCCAACAUCGUGUCCGUCGAGAACGACGCCAGCCAGGCCAAGACGGCGUGCAGCGUGGGCCACGCCAUCAAGCGGCGCGUGGAGGCGGCGUGCGCGGCGUCGCUGCUGUGCGGCGCGUGCGUGUCGCGCUGGGGCGCGCUGCUGGCGGCGCGGCUGGCGCGCGUGGCGGCGCGGGCCGACGCGCUGGCGGCGCACGCGGCGCUGGCGCUGGCGGCCGCGCGCGCGCUGGAGCGGGCGGCGCCGGCGCGCGACGGCUGGGCCGCCAUGGCGGCGCUGGUGGCGGGCGAGGCGGCGGCGCUGCGCGCGGCGGCGCAGGCGCUGCUGGCGCGGCACGCGGCGCCGGCGCUGCGCGCGGAGUUCGACGCGGCGGCGGCGCCGUGCCCGGCGGAGCUGCGCCUGCACGUGCGCGCGCGCACGCUGGUGGAGCGGCUGCGCGACUCGUGGCAGCACCUGGUGCGGGACCGCGCCACGCGCUCGCUCACCUACAACGACGAGCAGUUCCACGUGCUGGAGCGCAUCACGGUGGCGGAGACGGGCCGGCGCGCGCGGGCGCUGCUGCAGCGCGCUGCGCCGCUCGCCCGCGCGCGAGCUGACGCCAUCGCCGACUGGUACAAGGUGGCGCAGACAGUGUUCCUGCAGACGCAGAUCCUGGACAAGGACGUGUCGAGCGCCGAGCUCAAGCUGCUGACGCUGGCGGCGCGCGUGCAGGACGCCGAGCACGCGCUGCGCGACGCCGGCGACGCGCAGGCGGCGGGCGCGGCGCGGCCCGAGGCGCGGCCCGGCGCCGGCGUGGGCGCGCGCGGCGCGGGGCUGCGCGCGCUGCUGGCGGCGCACGACGAGCUGGCGGCCGCGCUGGCGCCGCACGCCGCGCUGCUGGCGCGCCUGGCCGCGCUCACCCGGGACGUGGCGCCCUAGUGCCGCGCACGACCAUAAAAUGAAUAACUUAUUCACUAAACAUUCGUCGGACAUCAAUCUUACCCAUACACAAUAUCUAAUGUUGCAAAAAAAAAUUGACUGAAAACACAAUCUGAUCUCAAAAUAAACUGUAUUGCAAAAAAAAAACGGGCACCAAAACCAAAUCAGAGUUUUGAAGACUUUACGUAUGUUUCAAAAUGUUUUAAUGACUGGCAUAUGUGGAACGUAGAAAGUUCGAACCUUCUACCAGGAAUUAGUCCAAAAUAAGAAUUAACCACUCUUUAAAACUGAGAUUUCGCACAGAAGGCCCUGUUUUUUGCAAAACAGUGUAUACAAUCUUUAUGCAUAAGAAAACAUUUGCCUCUUUCAGAUAAUACAUAUCAAAUCAUUCCGUGUAUAGUACGUACGAGUUAUUAAGAUUAUAAUAUACAGUUUACAGGAAGCACUGACUGUAAUAGUUAUUGAGGAGAGUGAGCGAGGUACUAUACGCUAUUAUUUGAACAAACGAGUACUGCAGGUUUUCACUAGUAGCGCCCGCUAGUCCAGGCCGGCAAGCGCGUUACACACAUAACGCGGGACACUGGUGGCACAAUCUUGUUGUUUCAUUUUGGGUAUAAACUUUAGAAUACGAAAACGUAAUUUCGAACUCCUCCGGCGUCCUUUAAUGCGGAAUAAUAUAGGUAUAAUUAUCGGCACGGAUAAUGAGCUCUCGGCGGAAGAGUGGGGAUCGCUUUGCGCACCAUACACUUAUGGCAAUAAAAACACACACCCUUUUA